AAUCGCUUAAAAAAUGAUGCACGUGCCAAAUACUGCCUAUUAAAUUACUUUCUUAUUUGGGCCAUAGAAAAAAUUCAACAUAAUAACCCCUCGUAAACUCGGGCAUAUGUAUGGAGAAGAACACAGACUUCAAGUAGCUCACCGCCUUCCUACUAUUGAAGAAUACAUCCGGUGUCGUUCGGGCGCAGGCGCUGGGCGGAUUUUCCUCGCCACUAUUGAAUACGCUUGGGGAAUAACAUUACCCCGGGAACUAUUCGAUGAUGAUGUUAUGCGACAGCUUUGGCGUGAAACAAAUGCUAUUAUAUACAUGACGAACGACAUAUUGUCUUUGAAGAAGGAAGUGGAGCAAUCGCAAGUCGAUUCGCUAGUUCCUCUGCUAUAUCUGCAACUGGGAUCCGUACAAGCAGCUAUCGACCAGGCUGUAGACAUGGUGCAUUCAUCGGUUCAGCAACUUGAAUCCGCAGAGAAACAGAUCCUACAGCGCUGCUCGGCCAUGCCCGAGGUCCAAGAAGAUAUGCGUAAAUUCGUCGCUGGCUGCAAAUACGCCGCUACAGCUAAUCUCAACUGGAGUCUUACCACAGGAAGAUACAAACUGUGCUGCGAGUCUAUAAGUGGUGGGCUACACCUAACCAUCUGAGUCUAUUUUAAGGCCUGGGCAUUUGGUAGAUGAUGAACGGAAGAUAACGUGGUAUAGAUCUUUGUAUUGAGCAAUAUUAUUGCAUGAUGAUAUUACCCUCCUUUCUCAAAUUUUACUAUGGUUUCGUAUUUUGAAAGCUUACCUCAAAUCAAACACUCUACUUGUCAUCUAAGCAGUCAUUAUUAUAAUAUUUCUAAGUCAAAUAUAUGCAACGGAGUCGGCAAGGAAGGUGAUAACAUUUCCUCGUUGUGGAACAUGUCUGAGGUGUCGUAUUACUAGGAUAAAGACGACUACGCCUCGUAAUAAUGGCUUAAUAUCGCACGCCCC